AUUAAGAAUGUUACCAUAUUACAUAGUUCAACGACUAAGAUCUUGGAGUUGGAACUGAUGAUUUGGUUUCUCUGACUUUUGUUUCCCAUGUUGAUUUCCAUGACUCGGAAAAGGCUUGUUUCAAACAGGUGCACUCAGGAGGAUUGUGCCCCAAGUAGCUUACAUCAAAGAAGAUGAUCUCUAUUCUCUACAGGCAUUCAUCAUUGCUGUCAUCAAUGGUGAUGACACAAAUCGUUCCAUUCCCAAUGCUUUCCAAAGGUUUCAUCCUUCGUCAACAUCCCUUACCCAAGGAUUAAUAGCCACAAAUCCAAAACCAGGGGUGGUAAAGCCCCCCCCCUGUCUUGGAUAAGCUCCAGCAUUUGCAAUCCUACGGUGAGCGCACCCACCACCGAGGCCUCAUCAGACUUCACUGACUCUUUACCUCCAUUGGCGUGUUCAUCUCAAUGGAGAAAGCAUCAGCUCCUUAAACAACCUUCUCUUAUUGAGCCAUGUCUCCUUUGAGCACAUCUAAUGGCCUCCCUUCUUCCUUCGUUGAGACCACUGAGUCGGAGUUGUGUGGUCAGCGGAGUACAUACAGGAGAUGUUUCUUUUGGCGAUACAAGGCUUCAGUCAGGUUUCUGUGAGUAUGGGGGAGUGAGAAGAGGAUGGGUAUCAUCGGUGAGGCAUGGAGGAGCGUGAAGCCGUACUUGGUCAUGGUCUUCUUGCAGCUCGGGUAUGCAGGCAUGUUCGUCGUCUCCGUCGCCUCGCUCAAGCGUGGCAUGAGCCACUACGUGCUCGUUGUGUACCGGAACGCCGUCGCUGCUCUGUGGUUUGAAGGGAAAGUGAGGCCCAAGAUGACACUCCCCAUCUUCCUCAAGAUCAUGGCUUUAGCACUACUGGAGCCAGUGCUUGACCAAAACUUCUACUACAUGGGCACCAAGUACACCUCUGCAAGCUUCUCCUCUGCUCUUUACAACAAACUGCCUGCGGUCACCUUCGUAAGCGCCAUCGUGUUAAGGGGGGUGGUGAUGAAGGAGAGAGGCCCUGUGUUCGUGACGGCCUUCAACCCACUCUGCAUGGUCAUUGUGGCUGUGAUGGGGUCUAUCAUUCUCGCGGAGGAGAUCUCUUUGGGGAGGGUGAUUGGUGCAGUCAUCAUAGUGAUUGGUCUGUAUGCUCUUGCACGGGGGAUGAGCAGUGAAAUGAUACCACUAUAGACGUUGCAUCCAUGAAGAAACCUUGAGGAGUCGAUGAACAGCUUUACCUUGUACUAUAUUUGAACUGGUCAUCAAUAAUUCUUCUAAAAUAUAAUAUAUUAUUUUAUAUAAAGACUAUUAUUUUAUAUGAUAUUUCAUAUGAUCAAUCGAUCAAGAAAAUAUUAUAAUGCAGCACAAAUAUAUUAUAUUACAAUUUUUAAAUAUUAUUUAAAAUACUAUAACAUAAUAUAAAAACAUGAUAAGCACAAUAAUUUUUAUAAUAUUUGUA